AUGUUGGACUCUUCGUGUGGCCAGCUGUACGCCUCAUGCAGUCCACCAAACUCAGUGGACCUCGAUUUGCUUCUCCUGGACGCGCUGGGGCUACCUUCUCUUCUGUCCGAGUCCUUGACUUUAGAAUCGCUUUCUGGUGAAUUGGACACUCCUAUCCCUGAUUUCUCUUUUGCAUACCGGCCGCCUCCGCUGGAAGUGGUCGACCUCGGCGAACGUCUUCAGAUGUGGCCUCCUGGGUGGUUUCGGAAGCCAAUCACAACUGGAAGCGAGAGAACAGGUAAAGUUGUCCUCGCUGCGCCAACUGCUCCUCGUCUUCAAUCCAUGUUACGGGAAAACAUCUCCAUCAGCAGAUGGCUGAAACCCGUCACCCUGCUGGCCCAACCUGAUCCACGCGACAUACCCUGGAAUCUCGAUUCCAUCGUGAGCAACAAUAAACUGAAGGUUUGGAAACCUGAAGGAUCAAUCUUUUCCCCCGAGGCGAAGAGAGCAGCGAUGGCGGGCAGACGCAGAGGACUUUCUUGUCGCCUUGACUCUCCUCAAAAUCGCCAAUUUUUCCAACGUGAGGUUGCGCUCAAGACUGACGGAACAGUGAAGAACGUGCGAUUUCGAAUUCCCGUAGAUACCAUGCAUCCAGAGACCGUCAAGAUUCUGCUUGAGCUGCAAAGUCUCAAUUCCUUUUACAAAGAUGGCUUGGAUGAGGCCGACGACAGUUCGAAUAACGUGCCUGAACAAGCCAACAAACCACCGAUUCCCUCUAUCAUGGUGUCUAAUUCACGCUUCGCCUUCCCCUUGUCACUGGAGUCGUCAGAUACUCUUGGGUGCGAGCUUCCGCCGUCGUUGGCUGCCCGUCGAGGAAGGCGGUCACUUCCUCCUCUGAUAACCACGGUUAAUUGUGAAAUUGCGUCAUUGCCAUAUCCUAGUAUUCCCACCGCGUUUCUUGGUUCGCCUUCAAGUUACUCUCCGACAUUUGAUCCUGCCGCUUUCGAUGAUUCUAUAGCUACGGAGGAUCUAUCUAUUGGCGUGCAGGAUAUGAUUGUUAGCCUUCGCUCCCAGUGUGCGACCCUGGGGCCAGCAUCACCGUCGUCCACUGAGCUGUCGAGGGCUCUCUCUGAAUUGAACCAAUCUCCAGCUUCUUGUCACGAAAGCAGCGAUUCGGAUGAAUGGGCGUUUGCUGAGUCGCUUCUUGAGGGUUUCGGCAGCCGGUUGCCACAUGUUACGCCUCCCAAGACGCCGUCUGUGGAAACGACCUCUUUACCUCAUACCAAACCUCAAUCCGCGGAGACAGUUUCCGACCCUAUAUUUUCAACGAGGAAAUAUCGUGUACCUAGGCGCAACAAGACCACGAGUGGAAAAGAGUCUAUCUUGCCUGCCAAGCAACCCAACCCCCCGACUACGCCUUCUCCACCUCUGCGACCCGCUCUCGCUAGCCCGCCUUCGCAAGGAAGUACUGACAAGGCGAAGAAAACCGUUCGUUUUGCCUCCUUGCCUGCCCGACGUCCCUGUAGCGGCCCGUUGCCGACCCCCACGGUAAGACCUCAACCGUUGGCAAACGCGUUGAGUAGACCGCCCCAAUCGGUGGCGGAGAAAGCCUUAGAGGACAACAUUGGAAACGACGACUCAGGAUCACCGUCAAACCCCAGCUCAAACUUAACGUCUGAGACUCUUUGGCAUAGUAUGGUCGUCCCUCGUCCAAAGACACGAAGUGUGCAUAGCUCAAGCAUAGCACCCCUCUCCCCACACGAUACCAAUGCGGCUUUAUCUCGAAAAGUCAGUUCUGAUACUGUAAGGUAUCGUCAUCUCUCGGGAAUUGGCAAACCCCCCGUCGCUGAGAAGAAGAAAAAUUUGCGAGGAAAAGAAGCUCUAACUCCUUCCCUCGGGAACCCGACCUCUCCUCCGUUUACCCCCAAGAAGUCUAUGCUCCAGGAGAAGGCAUCCGCUCCGUGGUCGCCGCAUUCUUUCAUAAGGCACUCCUUUGGCAGACACUCGCUCAGCCGAAUCAUGAAGAGUCCAACCGUUGGCAAGGAGAACGAAGAGGAAGGAGCUGACAAGAAAUACAAAAGGAAGACAUACUCGAACGCUUCUCCUUCGGUUUAUGCCCCCGCAAGUCCACUUUCUGGGAGGAAUGUCAACGAAAAUGCGGCGAGGCGAGGAAGCGGUUCAGUGGCCAAAAGUCGUAUGCCAACACCUCUCCGCAAAAUUUUUAGGUUUAGUUGA